ACUGUGCACCUACAAAUUUACUGCCUGGCCUAACUCUUUUUAGUCUUCAGUAUAAAAUUUCAUUUUAUUUUUCAUACUCUCCAGUCCAAACUUACAGAGAGCAGCUCAACUCAGAGCUGAAUGUCUGUUACACUCCUGAUGAGGAGUAAAUUGUUCUCUUUCUCUCUGACAGGGGAGGAGCACCGUCUCUCAGAGCUGAGGAUUGUGCUGCUGGGGGAGAGACGGAGUGGGAAGAGUUCAGCAGGAAACAUCAUCCUGGGCAGAGAGGAGUUUGAGUCUGGAGUAAGAACUGCACAGUGUGUGAAGAGACAGGGUGAAGUAGCUGGGAGACAGGUCACUGUGGUCGACACACCAGGCUGGUGGAUGAAUAAUUCUGUGAAGAACACUGCAGAGCUGGAUAAACAGGAGAUUGUGCGCAGUGUGUCUCUGUGUCCCCCGGGACCCUGCGCUCUCUUCCUGGUCAUUGAUGUGAGCGCAGUGUUCAGAGAUACAUUCAAGAGAUCAGUGGUGGAACACCUGGAGCUUCUUAGUGGCAGAGUCUGGAGACACACUAUAGUGCUGUUCACCAGAGGAGACUGGCUGGGAGACCGGACCAUUGAGCAGCACAUUGAGACUGAAGGGAGGGCCCUCCAAGAGCUCAUAGAGAAAUGUGGGAACAGGUAUCAUGUUCUCAACAAUGAGAACAGGCCUGAUGGGACUCAGGUCACAGAGCUACUGGAGAAGAUAGAGGAGAUGAUGGCAGGGCAUGGAGGCUCUCUCUAUGAAAUAGAUAGAAUGCUCUUACAGGAGGUGGAAGAGAAGAGGAGGGCAGUGGAAGAACGAGUGAAACAGAGGUUGACAAAGGUUCAGAAUCACAGAAAAAGGCUUAGAGCACUUUUUGAGGGGGAGAAGCACCGUCUCUCAGAGCUGAGGAUUGUGCUGUUGGGGUGGAGACGGAGUGGGAAGAGUUCAGCAGGAAACACCAUCCUGGGCAGAGAGGAGUUUGAGUCUGGAGUAAGAACUGCACAGUGUGUGAAGAGACAGGGUGAAAUAGCUGGGAGACAGGUCACUGUGGUAGAUACACCAGGCUGGUGGAUGAAUUAUUCUGUGAAGGACACUGCAGAGCUGGAUAAACAGGAGAUUGUGUGCAGUGUGUCUCUGUGUCCCCCGGGACCCUGCGCUCUCUUCCUGGUCAUUAAUGUGAGCUCAGCGUUCAGAGGUACAGAGAAGAAAUCAGUGGUGGAACACCUGGAGCUUCUCAGUGAGAGAGUCUGGAGACACACUAUAGUGCUGUUCACCAGGGGAGACUGGCUGGGAGACACAACCAUUGAGCAGCACAUUGAGACUGAAGGGAGGGCCCUCCAAGAGCUCAUAGAGAAAUGUGGGAACAGGUAUCAUGUUCUCAACAAUAAGAACAGGGCUGAUGGGACUCAGGUCACAGAGCUGCUGGAGAAGAUAGAGGAGAUGGUGGCAGGGCAUGGAGGCUCUCACUAUGAAGUAGAUAGAAUGCUCUUACAGGAAGUGGAAGAGAAGAGGAGGGUAGUGGAAGAACAAGUGAAACAGAGGAUGAUAAAGGUUCAGAAACAGAGAAUGACUCUUAGAGCACUUUUUGAUGGGGAGAAGCACCGUCUCUCAGAGCUGAGGAUUGUGCUGCUGGGGGGGAGACGGAGUGGGAAGAGUUCAGCAGGAAACACCAUCCUGGGCAGAGAGGAGUUUGAGUAUGGAAUAAGAACUGCACAGUGUGUGAAGAGACAGGGUGAAGUAGCUGGGAGACAGGUCACUGUGGUCGACACACCAGGCUGGUGGAGUAAUUAUUCUGUGAAGGACACUGCAGAGCUGGAUAAACAGGAGAUUGUGCGCAGUGUGUCUCUGUGUCCCCCGGGACCCUGCGCUCUCUUCCUGGUCAUUUAUGUGAGCUCAGCGUUCAGAGAUACAGAGAAGAAAUCAGUGGUGGAACACCUGGAGCUUCUCAGUGAGAGAGUCUGGAGACACACUAUAGUGCUGUUCACCUGGGGAGACUGGCUGGGAGACACAACCAUUGAGCAGUGCAUUGAAACUGAAGGGAGGGCCCUCCAAGAGCUCAUAGAGAAAUGUGGGAACAGGUAUCAUGUUCUCAACAAUAAGAACAGGGCUGAUGGGACUCAGGUCACAGAGCUGCUGGAGAAGAUAGAGGAGAUGAUGGCAGGGCAUGGAGGCUCUCACUAUGAAAUAGAUAGAAUGCUCUUACAGGAGGUGGAAGAGAAGAGGAGUGCAGUGGAAGAACGAGUGAAACAGAGGAUGACGAAGGUUCAGAUGCGGAGAAAGACUCUCAGAGCACUUUUUGAGGUUGUUGAGUAG